UUUGAUUAAGAUAACGACAUAAAAUUAUGAAAUUUUAUUAUUUAAGGAACAGUUGUAAAUAUACAAUGUUUGUAGGUUAAAUAAAAUGAAAUUUCAAAUUGUUUUCUUGGUGCUUAGUGCAUUGUUUAUAAGAAAUUCAAAUGCUACACUUCGUUGCUACGCAUGUUCGUUCUCGUCAUCGGAAACUGACCAAUCAUGCCUGACUAUAAAUGAUAGAACUCGUUCCGUUGACUGCCCUUUUCGCUAUUGCACCAUUAUUCGUCAGGAAUUUCUAGACCCUGCUGGGAGGAUUUCGAGCUUCAUGCGAGGAUGCGAUGAUCACCCGGACCAUCUUAAUCAUGAAAUAACUGACGACACCUUCCGCACAUUCUAUCGAGCCUGCACAAAUGAUCUUUGCAACAUAGGUAAUGGUAUUGAACCCGUUGUAGGUGGGAAUCUAUCUCCUACUCCUCCAUACAUUGGAGAAAACUUACUCGUCCCUGGAACUGGCGGCUCCGUAGCUGUGAAGAGCAGUUUGUUUGUAUUGGUUUCGGCAAUGAUUAUAAAUCACAUAUACCGUUACGUUGUUUUUUAUUUACUUUACUAUUACUUUCAUCACGAUUUAAUAGAACAUAUAACUACAUAA